ACUACGAACUGCCGCUGGUAAAGGUUCUCGGGUAGCCUGUGACAACGGGCCGGUGUGCUCGUCGCCGCGAGUGUCCACGCGUGUUCGCGUGGUGACUGACUUCCGGUCGCUCCGAGAGUGACGAGUGACGCUGAGAGUCGUGGCCUUGUUUCAUUCUUCGUCAACUGAAAAAGAGACCGAUCGCACAGGGGAAACGUGCGUCGGCAGUGCCGCGUGACUUUCGCGUCGGGUCGUCCGUCGAGAUUCCGGGAGAUUCGAUCGCGAUCGCCGGGGAGGUCGACGAGGGGUGUGUUUUGCGAGUGACAGUGGCACGUUGUAGGAGGAUACGCGUGGGAAAGCACCGGUGAGAAGGAUACAGUGACGAUUAACGGACCCGCGGUGAUCGAGGCGCGAGAUGCGCGUUGCGCUCGCAACGGGGGUGCGUCGCGGCGGGAGGAAAUAAGGGUGGACAAUCGCGAUCGCGGCACGUGGACCGGGGGAACGCAAGUGUCACGUGGGCGCGUCGCCGUCCGUGUCUCGCGAUUCCGCCCGCGAGGACGCGCGAACCCGUCAGGUUCGAGAACGUCGGCCGAUUCGCGGUGAGGAGGAAAACAGAAUCGCGGCGGUGGAAAAAAUCGCGAGGAAUUCAUUGAACCGCGAGGCGAACGCAGACGAAAAUUCACGCUCACUGAUCUAUGACGAUUUCCGCUUUCCCCGCUCUCUCCCGCGGAGCGAUAGAGAAAGAACGGGGGGAAUAAAAAGAGGAUCCGGGCGCGCGAGUGAUCCGGCCGGCGCGGUGGCCGGAUGAAAUUUACAGCGAGGCGUUUCGCGCCGCUCUCUCGCGAAGGCUCUCGCUUUGAUAUCACUAACGAACCGCGGCGCGGCGGAGGCACCGGUUAAUCAACGAUGAGGAGUCGCCGGUGAGGGAAGGAAGCGAAACCGUCGCGAGCGCGCUCGUCCAACCGCGGGGGGGAGGAUCCCCGGGCUCUCCUCGGGGCGCAUCGACGUUUGCGUCGCGGCGAGUAAUCAUCCCGCGUUAAUUAAUUAGCGAGGAUCACGGAGAAACGGAGGGAGCGGCGUUAGCGCGCGCGUUGCAAGGGAGGGACCGUCGCCUCGAGACGGAACGAGGGACCUCAGAGUUUCGUGAGGGAGUGACACCCGUUUGACGGGGAAAUAUAUAUACGUGUGCGGUGCGCACCUGGGCGCGAACGCUGGGCGCGCGAAAAGGAGGCGGAAAAAAAGGAAACGGAGGAGAGAGGGGGGGACGUCGAGCCUUGGCGCAAAAACUUGGCGAGAGCGCCCGAGGGAGCGAGCCCGAGAGAGGGAAGUUGCGGGAGACGAAACACAUUACGGGACAACGUUUACGGCGGAAAUAGCGCCCACCGUCUAACAACUGACGAUAAAAGGAGGAUCGUUAAGCCCGGGAAGACCUCCGCGGAAUGACCGGGGUAAGCCGGAGUAAUAGCGGAACUACUUUCGCGCGGAUGUACGACGGCUGAGUGCGCUUAUUGCCCGUGUGUGGCUUCCACGAAAAAACACGUGGCGACGUCAAGGAGCGUUUCCGCUCGCGGGGAACCUCCGAGGGAAUCCUCCCUCGUUGAACAAAUAAGCCGCGCGAGAUAAGGCGGCCUGGCUUGAUAAUUCAAUUUUUAUUUAAUUCGCAAAUGGUGCCACGGAACAGCUGCCUUCCGCGAUACCGCGCUCGAACGACGAUUUCCAAAAAGGGCGGAAAGGCAACGGUGAGGGCGCAGGAGUGAAUCGACGACGGGAACGUCGAGGGAAAUUCCGCGCGUUCCAUUAAAUCCGAACGCGGGGUGGAAUUUUUUUCACGCUAAACGGCGUGAUCGGUAUUCGGGUCCUUCUUAAAAAACACGGAGGAAUCCUCUCGCGGGAAUCGAAAAGCGUGGGAGAGACAGCGUCGGACAAAUCGGCGAACGCGCAGGAAUUCCGCUGGUUCGAUCCGAGUCAACAUUCAAAUGCGGGCGCUCGGCCGUUUCUGAGCUAUCGGGGUGCGUCGACGCCGACGAUUUUCUCGGCGAGAAGCACGUGUCGUCGUCGUCGUCGUCGUCGAAUCGCUGAUCGGCUCGCUCCGUGGAACGGGGGGCGCGUUGAUGCGCUCCGCGGUAGACUCGACUGAGCGAAAAUUCUCGGGCGGCGACGCGAAUUCCGCAGUCUGACUCUCUUUUCCCCGGCAAACGGUACAAACGACCGCGAUUAUCCUCCCCCGCUGACCUCUGGACCCCGCCCCGUGCAAAUGUCAAGUGAACGAUGAAGUACUCGAAGGUGCAGACGAGAAAGAAGUGGAGCGCCACUUCGCCCGGCGACGAAUCGUGCUCCAGGUGCGGCAAGUGUCCGACUAAAAUGCAGCUCGUACUACUGUCGGCGCUGUUCUGUUCUUCUCUGACGACAGGUACCGGAUUGGUGAUACGAAAGCUGGAGGUACCCAGUAUCGCUGAUCCAAGAUUGGACAGAGUGGUACUCAGAUGCGAGUACGAUCUCGAUAACAAGGAACUGUACUCGGUAACGUGGAACAAAGACGGCCAGGAGAUCUUCAGAUUCAUGCCGAAGUCACCGACACCCAAGCGACCUCAAAAUAUCAGCGGGCUGUACAUCGACCUCAGCCAGAGUGACAGCAAGCAAGUGACACUUCUGGGCCCGAACACGAAUAAAGGUAAGGUCGACUUGGCAGGGUCUUACGGCUGCGAAGUGUCAUCCGAAUCGCCGAGUUUUGAGACAGAUUACAGAGAGGCGAACAUGAGUGUGGCUGUACCGCCUAACAGUGCUCCGAUACUUGAAGGGGUGCGACCUUCUUACGAAAUCGGCGAGAUCCUCCAAGCGGAGUGCACAUCGGGGUUGAGUUUCCCCCCGGCAGUUUUAACGUUCAUCUUGAACGAUAAAGAGGUGAACAGAGCCUUGACUAAAGACCUGCAGGGAAUUGGCAACCUGGACGGACUGCUGCUGUCAACGACGCGGCUGGGCCUGACGAUGCGCCUGGAACGGCAUCACUUUUCCAGCGGCAGUCUGACUCUGAUCUGCCAGUCGACGCUACCGGGAAUCGCCAACGACCAGCCUCUCAGGACAUUGGAGUUCGCCACUCUCGCCGCCAGCAACCAGCGUCUCGCCCAGGAACCCCCCAAGUCAGGCUCCAGGUCGAACGUCGGGCUCUACCCGAUUCUAACUUGCUGGACGAUGACCGUGAUCCACGCGAUUCACUACAACAGCCUCAGACCUCCGUGCGUUUAAUGUCGAUCGACAAACGCUGGGGAAUCCGCGGCGCCGACACCCUUAAAACGUGCUAAUGCCAAUUAGUGUACACGUCUUUACGCGUUCUCGCGCGACCGUCAGGAAAACGUCGGCGGGCCAUCAUCGGCUUUUCUCUACGUGUCAAUCGAGUGCACGACGCACACUCCGGCGCGUCCCGAAUUCGCGAAUCCGUACACGUUCGCUCGCACGCGUACACACAGUGUUUAGAACGCCCCGUAUAUCGUAUAUGUAAGUCGGAGAUAGCAAUACAGCUCUGCGUAAAGUAGGUCGGAAAACGGCGGGCGCACGACGAUUGUACAUAGUGUAUAAUUGUGAAUUAGCAUUACAAAUUGUCGUGUAUAAUUAACCGGACGGAAGGACCGUUGGAGGAUGUUGGAGAACACGAUGAAAGUAACGUGGAGAUCUAAGCGCGCGAGCGGCUCUUUCGGGAGGUGGACAGCUCCGGCGGCUGGGGACGUCGCGUCCGAGAAAUACAUUAUCUAUCACUCGUCAGACCAGAAAAUAUCGUUUAAGAAACAUAAGUGUAUACGGGUUCGUAAUCCUAAGUACGGCCCCGGCGUACGUAGCAUAAGUAUGUGGUUAAUUCGACUAUAUUCUCCACAUCCGAUCUUCCUCAGCGAGGCAGACGAGAGCUCUGCGAUACGUGUGGGACACGGCGCUUUUGUUUCUGCAAUUUUACACGAUCCCAAGUGUCGUCGUUAUCGUCGAAGCGAUUGCAGUAAUAAAGUAAUUUAA